AUGUCUGAUGUGGUACCAGUGUUUCUUUCAGUGCUGAAUACACUCCUCUCCUGUGGACACACUGAAUAUGCUGAGCUGACCUUUGAACCCAACUCAACCACUCUAUAUUCUGGGGAGCACGUUAAUCUCACGUGUCACAUGAGAGAAGCAAAUGUCAGUGAGUGGUAUUAUGAAUUCAAGUGGAACGACAAACCACUGGUUCCCAUCACUUCCACUAACAUCCUCAGGAUUCCAGAGCUAACGACAGACAGGAACGGGGAUUAUCAGUGCAUCGCUCACCACAACAGCUCAGAAGAGAACAAACGGAGCAACAGGGCCACCCUCUCUGUGUCAGCACACAGACCCAGAGCCACAGUGAGAGCAUCCAGGACGUCCAUACCAGUGGGCGGCUCUCUGACUCUGACUUGUUCUGUGGAGGAGUCUGAGGGUUGGAGCUACGACUGGUUCACACGUUCCCCAGACGCUGAGGAAAUCGCCAUCGCAACAAAUCCUGUGCAAAACUCUCUGAGCAUCUCACAGGGAGGCAGCUACUGGUGCAGGGGAAGAAGGACACACUCAGAUUUCUUCUCAGAGAAGAGUCACGUGCAUCAUAUCGACAGAACCUUGUCCAACAGAAGCUUUAUUGUGCUGCAACACAACUGGACUCAGAUAUUCAGCGGUGAGACGAUCUCUAUCAGGUGUGAGAUCCAGGGAGGAGGAGACACCCAGUGGGAAUAUAAAUGGAGGACAACAAGCUCCAACCAACCAGUCACUGGUCCAAACACAGCUUCCACACACAGUGAAUACAGGCUGGGCGCUGCCUCUGUUUUCCACAGUGGAGAGUACUGGUGUAAGGCCAGAGCGGACUGGUAUUCCUCAACAGAGUGGAGUGACGCCUUCCAGCUGAGAGUAACACCCGAUAAACCCAGGCCCAGGCUGACUGCCGAUGACACAACCAUCACAGGAAAGGGAAGGUUAGCACUGACCUGCUCUGUGGAGAACGCGUCUGAGUGGAGCUACGACUGGUUCAGAAGAACCUCAGCCUCCUCUGCAGCUCAGAUCCUAAGAUAUAAUGAAACAGAUGAUAGAAUCAGCAUCUCAGAGGAAGGCAUCUACAGCUGCAGAGGACGGAGAGGAGACACAACCUUCCUCACAGAGGACAGCAACCUGGUCACAAUAGAGAACAGAGUUUCCCACAAGGCAUCUGUGGCCCUGCAACCUGACUGGUCUCUGGUCUUCAGCGGUGAGGGGAUCACUGUCCGGUGUGAGGUCCCUGCAGAUGUCCUGACUGAGUGGGAGUAUGAAUGGACCAAACCCAACUCAACUACGGUUCCAACACACAAUGAAUACAGGAUUGUCAAUGCGUCCUCGUCCGACAGUGGAAGCUACAGGUGUUUGGCUAAAGACAAGAAGAACUUGAAUUCAACGACCGAGUGGAGCGAUGACCUCACAUUAACAGUUUCUGAAAGACCAUCGGCUAACCUGAGUGCUGACCACAGAGCCUUUCCAGUAGGGGGCAGUGUGCUCCUGACCUGCUCCGUGGGCCCAGCAUCACCUGGCUGGAAGUAUUAUUGGUACAGAGGUGAGAAAACCUUGGAGCCCCUGACGGAUGAGGAUUUCAAGUCAAAUGGACAAAGUGCUAGUGCCUCACGUGAAGGACUGUACUGGUGCAGAGGAGGAAGAGGAGAUCCAGUCUACUACACCCAGUACAGUAACUCAGUCAGGAUCCAUGGAAUCGGUGAUUUCAGCGGCCGCACCACGACCUGUCGUCACUGUGUCUCCGUCAUGGCUGACUCCUGGAGCCUCAUGGACUCUCACCUGUGGAGGGGUUCCACAUCCGACUGCAGGAUGGAGGUUCUACUGUUCAGUUAUGAGCUGCUCCCAGGAAGCAACGGAGGGACUGAACAAAACUCCUCCGUCAUCCAAGGUCUGACAGAGUCAGCAGGUUAUGCAUGUCGAGCUGGAAGAGGAGACCCUGUGUUUUACACUGAGUACAGUAAGACAAAGUGGGUCUGGUCUGAAGAUUCAGAUCGUGUUAUCCUGGAGAGUCCUGUCCAUCCUGUGACUGGGGGACAGUCCGUUACUCUCAGCUGCUCAUGGUUCGGAAGAACAAACCUCGAUUCCAACUUCUCUUUCUACAAAAAUGAUGAACUCCUCCAAAGUGAUGUCAGAGGGAAUCUGGAAAUCUCAGCUGUGUCAAAGUCAGAUGAAGGUUUCUACAAGUGUGAACAUUCAGGAGUCUUCUCACCGGAGAGUUGGAUGUCAGUAAAAUUGGCCUACAUCAUAAUCUUCCCUCAACUGGCCUGCGUCCUCUUCGUCAAUAUCUCCAAUGGUUACGGAGCUGUUAUGGGCUGCGUGGUGGGAUUGGUGCUCAGAGUUCUCAGUGGACUCCCAUCACUCGGGCGGCCAGUUGUCCUCCACUUCCCAGGAAGUGUUCUUGACGAUGGAGUUUAUGUCCAGUACGCUCCAGUUAAGACCAUCUCCAUGCUGUCUGCCAUUGCUGCCAUUGUGUUGUUCUCCUAUCUGACGUCUGUGCUCUUCAACAAAGGCCUGUUACCUGAGAAGUGUGACGAGUUCAAGGUGAAGGUCCAGCAAUCAGCACAAGAGCUGACACUGGUACAUGGGGCCAAGGAAGACAAUGGGAAAGAAAUACUGGAUAACACAUGUCCUCAGACUGAGGCCUCAGAGCCAAUGAUUAGGUCAGAUUGGUAG